GAGAGAGAAGAGUGUUGUCCCCAUAGGCAAACUCAGAGUGUGACUACAACCACCACCGAGAACUACUGUUCUGUUUCUCUCCAACUUAUUAUUAUAAGCCUAUAUACAAUCUGAAAAACAUGGCCUUGCUCCGCCUGACCUCUGCCGAUAUCAAAGGAUUCAAACUUCUUUUCUUUCUCCUCAUUCUCUGCGGACUCAUAUCUUACCUCGUAUACAACGUCGUUCACAUGAAGUUCGUCACGCCUCUCGGGGUUGACGCACCGCUGGAUCGAUUCUCCGAAGCCAGAGCAAUCGACCAUGUCCGCGUGCUCGCGGAAGAUAUCGGCAAUCGCCAGGAGGGGACUCCAGGUCUGAGACAGGCAGCUGUUUACAUCAAAACACAGUUAGAACUGAUAAAAGAACGAGCUGGACCAAAUGUCAGGAUAGAGAUAGAAGAAACCGUUGUUAAUGGCUCCUUCAAUAUGAUAUUUUUAGGACACAGCAUAUCUCUAACUUAUAGAAAUCAUACGAAUAUUCUUAUAAGGAUUUCAUCGGUUGAUUCUCAAGAGACUGACCCAUCAGUUUUAUUGAAUGGUCAUUUUGAUACCCCACCAGGUUCCCCAGGAGCUGGUGAUUGUGGAUCAUGUGUUGCUUCAUUGCUUGAGCUUGCAAGGCUUACUGUUGAUUCUGGUUGGAUUCCUCCCCGGCCAAUAAUAUUCCUAUUUAAUGGAGCUGAAGAAUUGUUUAUGCUGGGUUCACAUGGUUUCAUGACGUCGCAUAGAUGGCAUGAUACAGUUGGAGCUUUUAUUGAUGUUGAGGCAUCUGGGACGGGAGGCUUUGACUUAGUGUGCCAAUCUGGACCUGGAUCUUGGCCUUCAUAUAUUUAUGCUCAGUCAGCUGUAUAUCCCAUGGCAAAUAGUGCAGCUCAGGAUUUUUUUGGGGCCGUUCCUGGUGAUACAGAUUACAGAAUGUUUGCCAGAGAUUAUGGUGACAUUCCUGGCUUGGAUGUUAUCUUCCUGCUUGGGGGUUAUUAUUACCAUACCUCAUCUGAUACUGUGGAAAGACUAUUACCAGGAAGCAUACAAGCACGUGGGGACAAUUUGUUUAGUUUGAUGAAGGCUUUUGCCAAUUCUUCUAAGUUAUUAAAUGCCCAAGAACGAGUUUCCUUUAGAGCUGCUGCCAGUGGGUCUGAAGGCGAGAGACCGAUUUUCUUUGAUUACUUAUCACAGUACUUGGUUGUUUACUCAAGCAGCCAAGCCAUGGGUUUGCACAGUAUUCCAUUUGCCAUCUUCCUCCUUAUGCCAUUUUUAUUGCGCUUGUCAACUGGAAAUUUAGUUUGUUCCUUCAGUGCCUACUUUGACUUUAUUAAAGGGUUAUUACACCAUGCUAGUGGGGUUAUACUUGCUAUUAUUUUUCCUGUAACUUUUGCUGUCCUGCGGUUGCUAUUCUCUGGACAUUCAAUGAACUGGUUUGCUAAUCCAUGUUUGGCGUUUGCAAUGUUUUUGCCAUGCUCACUGGCUGGUCUACUGGUUCCAAGAGUUCUUUGGAAACAAUUUUCUCUCUCCCAAGAUGUUUCAGCUCUUGCAUUAUCACGGGAGGAAUUGGUUGAUGAAGCAAGGUUCUGGGGUGCAUUUGGGUUCUACUCCUCCUUGACCUUGGCAUAUCUUGUAUCUGGGCUGGGUGGAGGUUUUGUCACAUUCAUUGCAUCAUUGUUUAUGCUUCCAGCAUGGAUCUCCUUCCGUUUAUCAGUCAAGUUCUUUGGUCACCAAUCUCUAAGGUCAACAGCAUGCUAUGUGGUCCCUUUGGUACCUUGCUUAAUCUACUCCAUUUACUUUGGCGGAUUUUUUGCUAUGUUCUUGAUCGAGAAAAUGGGCAUGGCAGGCGCUCAUCCACCUCCCUAUGGGUUCUUCGUUGCCGAUGUAAUUGUUGCGGCUGUCCUUGGAUUAGUAACAGGCUGGUGCGUAGGUCCUCUUUUACCGGUUGUUGGGAAAUGGUUGGCAAAAUCAUCAAUUAUCCAAUUUUUGCUGCAUGGUACCGUUCUUGCUUUGGCUGUAUCAUCACAAUUCUUUCCAUACAGCAAAGAUGCACCUAAAAGGGUUGUUCUUCAGCACUCUGUUCGGACUAUAGGUGCAAAUCAAAUAUUGGAUGUUAGCUUUGAUUUUGCUGUAGUUGACUCCAACUCCCUGAUGUUUGUUUUCAAACAUGCACCUGAGGUGGUGAAGAAAGUGCAUGGUAAUCGAGAAUUAAGUUUUGACACUGCUAAUCAGUCAGGUCCUGAAACAUGGAUGGGAAUUUUUCCGAUAUCUGCUAUGUUCUCAAGAACCUUGAAGUUUCCCACCAAAGCUGACGAUAUCUUGGAGCAAUAUAGAUAUUUCCCAUAUUUAUCAACUGGCAAAUCACAAUUUACUUCUGUCGGGGGACCUCGGAGAGUCAAUUUAGAAUUUUCCUUGGGUUCUUCAAAGGAGGUGUGGGUUGCAGUCCUUAACAUCACAGGUCCAUUGUCAAAUUGGUCAUUUGCAAAUAAUAAGCUUCCAGCUCCUCUGAAAGUCGGUAAUGGGCCACCAUCGUACAUAUGUAGAUUGAGUGGUGCAAGCCAUGAAAACUGGAACUUCUGGUUGGAGGCCAACAGUUCUGAAGCUUUGAGGGUGGAUAUUGCUGUAGUAGACCAACAUUUAACAGAGUCAGCGGAGAAGUUGAAAGGCCUUUUUCCAAGUUGGAUGGAUGUCACUGCCUUCACAAGUUUCAUGUCUUCCCAUGUCUUCUAAUUUGAUGUGCUCUCAUUUACCCUGUUUUAUCCGUGUACCGUGGAAACAAUUUUGUGGAUAAGUUUUGCUCAAUGAAAUUCUGAUGCUUUAAGAUUUCAA